AUACUACUCGGCUACUUCCCUCGUACUCCAAACAUGGACCAAAUCCAGCACAAGUAUAUAACCGUACAAGGCCUGAAGCUCCACGUGGCCGACGUCGGAACAGGUCCAAAUGUGGUCGUGUUCCUACAUGGAUUCCCGGAAAUAUGGUACACGUGGCGCCACCAGAUGAUCGCUCUGGCCAACGCCGGAUUUCGGGCAAUCGCUCCCGACUACCGCGGGUAUGGACUCUCUGACCCGCCUCCACAACCCGAGAAGGCCUCCUUCCUUGACCUUGACAAUGACCUCCUUGCAAUUCUUGAUGCCCUUGCCAUUCCUAAGGUUUUCCUCAUCGGAAAAGAUUUUGGAGCUUGGCCGGCGUACAUAUUUGCCGGUCUGCACCCAGAAAGGACCUUGGGAGUUGUAACAAUGGGAGUGCCAUACAUGCCAAAGUCAAGUCGUCCCCAAUUCAAUAACCACCUUCCUGAAGGUUUCUAUAUUUCAAGAUGGCAGGAACCAGGUGGCAGGGCUGAAGCUGAUUUUGGACGCCUUGAUGCGAAAACAGUUAUUCGCAAUGUGUACAUUCUUUUCUCGAGGAGUGAAAUACCAAUAGCUUCAGAAAACCAGGAGAUCAUGGACUUGGUGGACUCGUCCACGCCUCUCCCCCCUUGGUUCACUGAGGAAGAUCUUGAGGUUUAUGGAAAGUUGUACGAGAAAUCUGGUUUUCAAACUGCAUUGCAACUUCCAUAUAGGGCAAUGAAACAUGAGUUGGGCAUAGCUGAUUCAACCAUUGAAGCUCCAGCACUUUUCAUAAUGGGAACAAAGGAUUAUGUAUACGAAUUUCCAGGGAUGAAAGAUUACAUAACCAGUGCAAAGCUGAAAGAGUUUGUCCCGGAUUUGGAGAUUGUAUUUCUGCCAGAAGGAACUCAUUUUGUUCAUGAACAACUACCUGACCAGGUUAAUGAGCUCAUCCUCACCUUUCUCCGAAAGCACAUCUGAUCAAUCAUGCUUGUAUGCCCGAGAUGAAGUUUAUCCAAGGUUUCCGAGAGAUUGUGUAUUGUAAAAGUGUGAAUCUAGUGUUUUGAAUCCAAUAAGGACCAUAUUAUGAAUCUCCUACUCUUGUUGUGGCAUGUAAUUUGUCUCAAACAGUGAAUAAAGGCAACACUGCCAAUAUCAAAUUCCCUUC